UUCUUACGUUUAUUUCAGUGGAGGCCCGAGUGAUUUCUCUGUUAAAUAGAAGUUUGUGAUCUCUUACAAUGUCUGACAACAGGAUUGUUUUGAGUUUCCUGAGGGUGACCAAGCAGUACCUUCCCCACGUGGCCCGGCUGUGCCUCAUCAGCACCUUCCUGGAGGAUGGCAUCCGCAUGUGGUUCCAGUGGAGUGAACAGAGGGACUACAUCGACGGCACGUGGAACUGUGGCUACUUCCUGGCCUCCAUCUUUGUGUUCCUAAACCUCUUUGGGCAGCUGGGUGGCUGUAUCCUGGUGCUGAGUAGGAACUUUGUGCAAUAUGCCUGCUUUGGACUGUUUGGAAUUAUAGCAUUACAGACUAUUGCAUACAGCAUUCUAUGGGACCUGAAGUUCUUGAUGAGGAAUCUUGCCCUUGGGGGAGGCUUGCUGCUGCUGCUGGCUGAGUCCCGCUCAGAGGGGAAGAGCAUGUUUGCUGGUGUCCCCACCAUGAGGGAGAGCUCCCCAAAGCAGUACAUGCAGCUGGGAGGGCGUGUGCUGCUUGUCCUCAUGUUCAUGACACUGCUACACUUUGAUAUGAACUUCUUUUCUAUUCUACAGAACAUUGUGGGCACAGCCCUGAUUAUCUUGGUGGCAAUUGGCUUCAAGACUAAGCUGGCUGCCUUGACUCUGGUCAUCUGGUUGUUUGGCAUCAACAUCUACUUCAAUGCCUUCUGGACCGUCCCAGCCUACAAGCCCAUGCACGAUUUCCUUAAAUACGAUUUCUUCCAGACCAUGUCUGUCAUUGGAGGGCUCCUCCUUGUGGUUGCACUGGGUCCUGGUGGAGUCUCCAUGGAUGAGAAGAAAAAAGAGUGGUAACAGGAAUAGCAACACUUCUUGGGACAUACUGUACUAAGUCCAGUACUGAUUCUCUAUGGAUUCAACAAAAACUGACAGCAUUUUACACGUACAUGUCCCCUUCCUAUAAAAGGCACAGAUGUUUUGAAUUUGAUUUACUGUGGCACCAGUAAUACAAUAGAUAAAAUCCUAUUUCUUCAAGGAAUGUUGCCUAGGCUUAUUUUAACUUCCUAGAUUUGGAACUAACCCAAGGAACCUGCAUUUUGCUGAUGCUUCAGUGAAUUGCAGUAGAACAGUUGCUGUCUGGAAUGUCAGCAAUGUCUUAAAAUUUGCAGAAAGGUGAGCAGAUACAGCUGGAUCAUUCAGUGUGGUGUUGGGUUGUAGCUAUAACUAAAAAAGUGGGUCCCCUUUCCUGCCCUUAUCAAAACUGUCUUGUGCAUAAGGAGUUCCAUUGCUGGUUAUAGCAUUGCUUAUCAAGGUGGAAAGCAGCAUCAAAGAAAACACAGAAAAUCACUGUUAUUUUGCUGCUCAGAGGCCUGUAAUUCCCUUUUGUUUAAUAGGGAAGGGUCUUUCCUGUUCCUGAACAGAAAGCAGAAAGAAAACCCUAGAAGUAGUUGUACCCCUUUCUGGGUAAGAAAAGGGAGAGGAUUUUCUAACAUGUCCCAGUUCUGCCCUUGAGGGGAACAAGGGGGAAUCCUGUAUUGUUAAUCAUGAAUCCUGUAUUGCUAAUCAGAUUUAAAGGAAGUGGGGGAGAUAAUCCUGAAGAGACAGAAUGUUCGAUUCUCUGAAAAUUCUGUGCCAAAAGAAUUCUUUAUUCUACAUUCUUUCCCCAAAAGUUGCCCCUGCUGAAUUCCCAAGAAGGGAGCCAAGUUGUGCUGCAGGUUCCAUAAUAAAAGCUCCUUUCUGCUAUUAACCAGCUUCCAUCUAUAUAUGCCCCAAAUUCAUAUUUGAAUUGCAGGUUAAUGGUGAAAAUGUCUUGAGAGUUACAGAAACUCCCCUUUUCUGUGCACUCAGUACUUGCCAGAUGAGAGCAGUCAAUCUCCUGAUCUGUAGUCUUUGCUUCUUCAAUUCACUUCUGUCAGUCUCCUGGCUGUCAAGUCCCAGCUGACUGAAGAGCUGGGCUGCUGAGCUCUCCAGGACAGCCCCUCCUCUGCCACCUUCGACCCCCCUGAGCUGUGCAGGGUGGAGAUGUGGAAGUGGCCCCUGUUCCCAGGUCUGCAAACGGUUUUAGCUGAGGAAUGUGAGUGCAAAGCCUGGGCAGUGCAUGAGCAGCCAGGGGUGGACCUGCCCUGGGAGGAACUUGGGGGGUGAGGAGAGCAAGGCCCUGUUUGGCUUCUCAGUGCCACAACCUCUGUGCCAUGACCAUGCUUAGUGCUGCUCAGGGAAGGAGUUUUGUCCUCUCUUAGUCAACUAGGUGUGAACCUGUUUCACUAGAUUGUGGAGGAGUUCUAGACAGCAUGAGCCCUGCCAACUUCCUACCAUUACACUGAUUCCUUGCUCUGUUGCC